AUGGGCAGCCCGUUAUCACCAAUUCUCGCCGAUAUAGUAUUGGACUCAGUGAUAGAAAGCGCAACAAACUCACUCCCCUUUCGUGUUCCGUUUAUUAAAAAAUACGUAGACGAUCUGAUUCUAGCCAUACCGGAAAAUUCGAGCCAAAUCGUGCUGAAUGUGUUCAACAGCCAGGAAAAAAGAAUACAGUUCACCCUGGAGACUGAGCAAAACCAACACCUACCAUUUUUAGACCUGAGGAUAGUAAGGAAAGACGACCAAACAUUAACAACAGAAUGGUACGCAAAGCCAAUCGCAUCUGGAAGGAUGUUGAACUACAAUUCGUUCCACCAACUGAAAUAUAAAAUCAAUACAGCCUGCAACUUCAUCAACAGAGUAACAACAUUCUCCACAACAAGCACCUACAAAGAACAAAAAGCAAUCAUCUAUAAACUACUUCAACAAAACAGCUACCCAAAAACCUUAAUCAGUCGACUACUGCAACAUAGAGCACAGAAAAACAACACCAAACGUGAAGAUCCAAUCGUCACCCAGCCACCAACGAAUCAACUCGCCCACAUAACACCACAGCAACCAAUCAGCAUACAACAUAGCAUCAGCCCUCAGCAUACCACUCCGAAUCAACCAUCCAACGAAGCAUCAACCACAGGAGAAACAGCAAACCAGCCAACACAUCUACUCAACAUACCACACAACAGCAUACUACUCCGAGCCAAUCAUCCAACGAAGCAUCAGCCACCGAAGGUGAAACGAGCCAGCCGAUACCGCACCAAACUCAAGAAGAUAUUAACUCCCGACUAUGCACACAUCACUAUCAGCAGCAGACAGCACAACACGGUUUCCCAAUUACACACGGUAGUCAAAGAUCUAAAAACAAAAGAAGAACACAGCCACAUUAUUUACAAAAUUCCCUGUAGCGACUGCAACAGUUGCUACAUCGGAAUGACUCAGAACAGACUUAAUAUGCGAUUAGCAGGACACAAAUCUAACGUAAACAAGCUACAGCAGAUACUCAGUGCCAGCACUAACACAAAACGAGAGCUGGACGAGUUAAAGGAGAAAACGGCACUCAUUAACCACUGUAUACAACACAAACACAGCUUUGACUUCAGUCGAACCACUAUUAUCGACCAUAGCAACCGCACCCAUAUUCUACCAUUCUUAGAAAUGUGUCAUAUACACAACACGCCCAAUACUGUCAACAAGCGAGUCGAUCUCGAUGGACUCAACACAGCUUACGCAGCUGUGCUGUCGAGUCUCAUACCAAAUACCAAUGCACCAGCCAACUAG